AGCAGCAGAAGCUAUACACCGCUCACUCGCUCACGCUUGGCUGACUAUUUUGGUUGGGCGCUAGCAGCUGCCUGUCGAUGCUGGUGCUUUGCAAUGGAUUUUUCGCAACUCAGAGUGAUUCAUAACAUCGGCGUAUACGGACACCAGUUACGGAAAGCUAAACUAGCCUCGUCGACGUUGUGCGGUGUUAUUUUCCAUUACAUCUUUGUUAUUAUUGCUAUAGUUGCGGACUGUUGUUGCUGUUGGUUGUUCGUUGGUCGGUCGCCAUCACUUGAACUACGCAACACACCACAACAACAGCAAGAAGAGAGGAAUAGCAACAACGAAAGAGCUAACGAACAGACAGACAGACGGACGACAGUCACACCAGGGCAAAAAUCGUCUAUUCUGAGGUGUUUGUUUUGUCUGUCGGCCGUGUACCGCCGCGUCCAUUGCAAAGUGUUACUCGAGGUGACACGCUCGCACACAGCACAACAAAGUGUCGCUUUGUUGUUAUUGUUGUUACUUGAUAUUCUUGGUGUUAACGGUCUGACAUAUUGUCGGGCGGUCGUUCGUUCGGUUCUUGGCUGUCUGUCCCCAAAAAGCUCGUCGUCAUCAACGCCGUUCGUCGGUCGUCUAUUGAAUCCUCGGUAUACGUUUUUGUGAGCGGAGCGGCGAGAGGAGGCGUGUGUAGAUGUGUGUGUGUCUGAACCACAGAAAUGUUGAAUUUUUCCGUGUGUUACUUUCAUUUGGUUUCGCAAAUUCUAACAUAGAAAAAGAAGAAGAAAUUAGUGUAAGAAAAUACCAACAACAAAAUUGUAAAUUUUAAGUUUUAAAUAUAUAAAAGAAAAAUAUAUAUGUAAUAACAACAACAGCAACAAAUUAGAAUUAUGUAAAUAGUUAAAUACAACAAAAUACAUACAGAAAAUAAUUUAGCGUGUAGAAUAGUUAUUCAACCAACCCCAAAAGAAAAUAAAAUCAAGAAACGAAUACCGCAAACCAACCCCCACCCAUUUCCCGUGAAAGUCCUCGCAUUUUUUCAAAAGCGAAGAAGCCUGAGGAGGAAAAUGCAACAGAGUAUCAAAUAAUCAAUCACCAAGAAAAUUCGUGUUUAUAUUUUCGAGAAGGGGUACAACCAGAAUACGACCCCUUCCCCCCACCACGCCCGAAAGCAAUAACAAACAAAAAAAAAAAUAAAUUACAAGUGCUUGCAUGUACAUAUACAUAUAAAUCGGAAUCUUGUGGGUGUUUUUGUAUGAUUCUCUAGAAUCAAAACAGUUUCUAAUAAAUAUUUAUACAUUGGUCGGUCUAUUGGUCAAAUAGAAUUCUGAAUUGUAAAAUAAAAUAGAAAAAAAAAAAAAAAAACAAAAAUAAAAUUUAAAUAAAAACCAAAAUACACCAACAACAUUAAUCGCAAUGUGUGAGCGAUUGCAUGAAUGAAAAUCGUCGGAGACAAUUUUGAUUUUCUUGCGAAUGCAGCAGCAUAGAGGCACUGGCGUUGGCGGCGCUAAAUUGGCAACAGCAUCGCUGGUGAAUAAAUUGAAAUUGAAUACAACGCCGACAUCCAAGUGUUAUAACACAACGGCGUCAUCGGAAACCAAAAACAAAGCCAAGCGAACAGCAAUUUGCGUUGUAUCCAAGAAAAGCCCAACUACUGCCAGCAGUAACAGUAGUGGUGGUGGUAGAGGCAGUGGUAGCCUCCACUAAAAAAGCCUAACAAAACAUAAUAAGUGUAACUUAAAUCUGUCCCAUUAAUUAAAAACCCUCGCUUGUACCUCGAAGAAAGAAAAACAGCACUCACACACACACCCAAAAGGAAUACAAAAGAAAACGCUAACCGAAAAAGAAAGAAAAGCAAAUUUUGUGCUCCAAGUGUAAGCAAAGACAAAUGAAAACGUCUUCGGUUACGAACGCAUCUAAUUUCGACUACUCAAGUCGCCCUGUUUCGGAGGGUGAACAAGACCACGAACAACUUUUACAACAUCAGGCGUUGGCCCAACAGUCAGAGCUGGAACAGCAGCAGUUUGACGAAGAGCGCGAUCAGCAAUAUUACGACGGUGCCACUGCCAAUACUACCACUACCACCACAACGAAUACAGUGGGCGCCGCCACAACAGCAGGACAGGACGAGGAAUAUCAAGCUAACGAAUCCAGAUCGUUAAUUGUUUAUCCCAACAAAAAACAGAUUGCUGCCAAAUCCUUGGUCGAUGACGUAGACAACAAUUACCCAGAACAACAACAACAAUCUCGUCGCCAUCAAAGGACAGUGAUUGCCGCUGCCGACAGUGAAAGUUAUAUCAACGACGAUCAACCGCCAGCACAUCAGGUCAUUUACAUUGACGAUCCCUGUGUUAGCGCUGUCAGUGAGGUCCCACUAAACGAUCCACCUGCCAACUAUACAUCUGCACCAGAUUCGAAUAUUCGUUAUUCGUCAAAGGCAUCGAAGAACAAAUAUCUGCAACAGCAAGAAUUUGCCCAACAACAGCUGGCAUUGCAGAAAAGCUCAUCGUCAAAGCGCAAGCGUGAAAUAACAACAGAGUGCGAUUGUGGUUGUUUGGACUCAGCGUCAUCAACAAAUUUGGUGGUGAACGGUGGCAAUAAACCCUAUCCAAACUAUAGCAGUAAUAACAGCAGCAGUACUGGCACUAAGAACCCCACCAAAAGAGAGUCGGCAACGACUGGCAAAGAAAUCUGUGUUGGGGUCAUAAGCAGCAGCACCAACGUGGCGUCCUCGGCGGUGGGCAGCAACAGCCUCAAGACGGCUCAUACCAAAGUUGCAACAUCUGGGGGCCAUGCAAAUACGCAGGCCCCCAGUAAACGCUCUAGCAGUGGGGCAGACGGUGACUAUCAGCUGGUACAACACGAAGUACUCUAUUCACUAUCCGCCGAAUAUGAGGUUUUGGAAUUUUUGGGUCGUGGCACAUUUGGUCAAGUGGUAAAAUGUUGGAAGCGUGGCACCUCGGAAAUUGUUGCUAUAAAAAUUCUUAAAAAUCAUCCCUCAUAUGCUCGACAGGGUCAAAUUGAAGUGUCGAUAUUGUCGCGUUUAAGCCAAGAAAAUGCUGACGAGUUCAAUUUUGUGCGUGCUUUUGAGUGUUUUCAACACAAGAAUCAUACCUGUCUGGUAUUCGAAAUGCUCGAACAGAAUUUGUAUGAUUUCUUGAAACAAAAUAAAUUCUCACCUUUACCUCUUAAGUACAUAAGGCCCAUAUUGGAACAGGUUUUAACAGCUUUAUUAAAACUUAAGCAAUUAGGUUUAAUUCAUGCCGAUUUGAAACCCGAAAACAUAAUGUUGGUAGAUCCAGUAAGACAACCCUAUAGAGUAAAAGUCAUUGACUUUGGUAGUGCUUCACAUGUCAGUAAAACAGUUUGCAAUACAUAUUUGCAAUCACGUUACUAUCGCGCCCCGGAAAUCAUUUUGGGUUUACCAUUCUGUGAAGCCAUUGAUAUGUGGUCAUUGGGCUGUGUUGUUGCCGAGCUAUUCUUAGGUUGGCCUUUGUAUCCGGGAUCAUCGGAAUUCGAUCAAAUCAGAUACAUAUCACAAACUCAAGGUUUACCCACUGAACAUAUGCUGAAUAGCGCCUCAAAGACAUCGAAAUUCUUUUAUCGUGAUACGGAUUCAACGUAUCCUUUUUGGCGUUUAAAGACCAUAGAGGAACAUGAGGCUGAAACAAAUACCAAAAGUAAAGAGGCAAGAAAAUACAUUUUCAAUUGUCUAGAUGAUAUUGGCCAGGUGAAUGUGCCCACAGAUCUUGAAGGUGGCCAAUUGUUGGCAGAGAAAACAGAUCGUCGUGAAUUCAUUGAUCUGCUGAAGCGCAUGUUAACCAUCGACCAGGAAAGACGUUUAUCACCUGCAGAUGCAUUAAAUCAUUCGUUCACCAGACUUACCCAUCUGGUGGACUAUGUCUACUGUAAUAAUGUUAAGGCCUCGGUACAAAUGAUGGAAGUUUGUCGAAGAGGCGACUAUCAUCCUGUACAACCCACCUCCACAUUGGUUACAAAUUUCGUUCCCAGUACAUCGGAAAAUAUGACAUUUACCAUUAACAAUCAGCUAACAAGUCAGGUUCAACGUCUGGUACGCGAACGUCCACUGGCUUAUGAGGGUCUCUAUCAAAUCUAUGGCGGACGCAAUGUUGGACGUCAAUAUGCCCAGGGACGCACGGAUACCUUCCAACAUCAAUUGGUAUCGAACAUAUUGUGUCCGCCCUCCUAUCAGGCAAUGCCAAGUCCCACCAAACAUGUUGUGGUUGGCAGUGCAACGAUGCAGCCGCCAUUGCAGUUCACUUCACAGCAAUAUGUCAAUGUUCCCGUACCAGUGUCAAUGGUUGAACCAACAUCUGGCCAACGUAUGCUGCUAACAAACCGUGUACAGGCCAGCGGUGUAGCCUGGCCACAAACAAGCCGUCAAAUGGCUUUGGUACCAUCUUGGCCACAACAGGCGCCGGCUCAUUCGCUAAUUGUUGAUCCAGCACCAUUUUUAAAUGUUGAGGAAAUCUAUCCCAAACAUUUGAAUAUACCUCGUAAUGAUCUCAAAAAGGAAUCACCUGUACAUCACUUAGUAAGCAAGGGUAAUUCCUAUCGUGUGCCACGCCAUGACAAAAAAGAAAAUCAACAAUUGUCACCCGUCAAAAAGAGGGUCAAGGAAAGUUCUCCACCCCACCAACAACGCUACAAUCGUACGUCUCACGUAUCGCCACAAUUUCAUAAUAGCCAUCACAAUUGUAAUUAUGGCAGCAGUAGUGGUAGUAGCUAUGGUGGCCAAGCAGUGGGCGGUGCUGUGGUUGCAUCAGCCUCUUCGAGCAACAUUGUCAGUCACCAUAAUCACGGUUCUUCGUCUAAUCAAUCGCAUGUUAUCAGCACAAAUCCUGUUUAUGGCAGCAGCGGCAGCCAUCACAUUGUUAAUAACUGUGGUGCAGUUAGUGGUUCUUCGGGCAACAGCAGCAGCACUGGUGGCUAUCAUCACCAUUCGUCUUCAUCGUCUGGUGGAGGACAUCACAUUUCGUCCCAUCACAGCCAACAACCUCAACAUGCACAUCAACAUCACGGUGCAAUUGUCAAACAGCAGACAAUUACUAUACACGACACUCCAUCGCCGUCUGCUGUUAUAACGAUUUCGGAUAGUGAAGAUGAAGGCAACGAUGCACCAACAGCAGCACCAUCCUCAAAUGUGGCACCUGGAAAGCAAAGAGCACAUGCCCAAUCACAGACGACAUCGUCAAUGUUGCAACAUUCAGCAUCUUCUUCUUCGUUGGGAGGCUGCCGCAAUAGUGGUCAUCAACAUGGACAUUCGCAUCAACAAAGUCAGAGCCAACAACAACAGCAAAUGCAUCAUCAACAGCAACAAACAUAUGCUCAAACAUCAGCAAACAAUUCCUCAAACCAAAAUAAGUUUCAACAUUAUCAACAAGCGAUGAAUAUUAACCAUACUCAUCAAACGCUAUCACAUCAGUCUCAACCACAACCACAACAACAACAGCAGCAUCAACAACAGCAAACAACGCAGCAUCAACAAACGCAACAACAACAUCAACAAAUGUCCCAUAAUGUUGCGGCUGCCGUUAAGAAUAGUUCAAGUGACAACGAUCACGAUGAGAUGCGUCGUCGCCAUCCCAACAACGGCGGUCACAAUAACAGCACCAAUACUGUACAUGCAGCUAGCAACAGCCCCAAACAACAUCAACCACAGCAACAGACGCCCACUUAUCCGACCACAACAAAUGUGAAAUAUGAACCUGGUCAAUCACAGAAGAAACGCAUAUUGGCAAUGGCUCAAAAUGAAUGUUAUAUGCCCACAUCGCACUCCAGCACUAAUAGCAGUUCACAGACCCAGUCGCAGGUCUCAAAUAGCUUACCUCACCUACCCACCAAACAGGAACCCGUGGAAUUCUACGAUUAUCCUGCUCAUCAACAACAGCAAAUUGACAAUAAGCGUUCCUCAUGGGCAGCCGCCAAUUCCUCGUGUGGCAGUGGUUCUCAACAUCAAACUUCAUCAUCGUCGUCAUCUGCUGUUCCACCAUUGGCACAUCAUAAGCGUGAAGCUCCUUCAGCUGCACCUUCCUCAGCCGGUGGUAACUACGUGCAGCAACCUACAUCUUCGGGUGCAUCCGUUGUUCAUCCUCCAAUGGCACAUUCGAAGAGUUCGUCAUCAUCGUCGUCGGCCGCUGCGGCAGCCGCCGCUGCUGUUGGUCCACCCUCAUGGGGUGCGACACAAGUCUAUCGUCAACCAUCACAGAGUUCCCAACUGCAGCAAGCAUCUUCUGGUAGUGGUCAGCCACACCAAGGUAAUACAACAACUCCGAUGGGUAAUUCGCCCUCAUCGGCGGCAGCUGCAGCAGCUAUAUUGCAGCAGGAUAUUUAUGCAGCUGCUGCUGUACAGGGUGAUAUGUACCGUCGCCCAACGGUAUUUGUUUCACAAGCAGCGCCCACAUACGCCUACAAUCGAGCUGUAGUUGCUCCACCUCCAGCUCAUAAUAGUUCAAGUCGACAGGUUAUACCAUCACAUCCCUUGCCCGCUCACAUACAAUUCCCAACGCAGUACGGUCAAUUUGCUCCCCUAAGUCCAGCUCAGGUAGCCGCCAGCAAACAUGCACAUUACGCACCGACGAAUAUAUGGUAUGGGGGCGAAUAAAUACUGAUUUAAACAUAACGAAUCGUUCAUGCAUGAUUGCAAGCAGCUAACAACAAAUUUUCAAACUACACCCAACAACAACACCAAGAUGACGAUGAUGAAAGAGAAGACGAUUAAAGAAAACUUGUCGAUUAGAAGUAAUGAUGAAGAUGGUGACAACGAUGAAGGUGGCGAUGAUAUAAAAACUGAACAAAUCGAUGAGUGCAAUCAUAAUUUAAUGACGACAACGACAGCUGCAGUAAAAUCCAAGGAUAUACAAAAUUCCCAUUUCAAUCAAUGGUGGUUUUUAAUGAUGCAACAAACAAUUUAUAAUAUUCAAACACAACAACAGCAGCAGCAUGUGCAUCAUGAUCCAUCUGUACCCGCGCCACCACCACCACUAAACUCUUUACCAUUUAACAGUCCAAUAGUGCACAAUUAUUUCGCCAAUAAUGAUAAAACAUUGAUGAUGACCACCGAAGCUAAUGCAACGGCGGCCGCAGUUGCCUCAAAUAGUUUUAAUGCAUCGAAUUUAACAGAACCAUCAAACGGAGAUAAUAGAAAAGCAGUAAUGGCAACUGCAGCUGCCGGCACUGCUGCUGCAAUAACAUCGCUGGGACAGUUAUCCAUGGAUGAACAGCAGCCAUACCAACCGCUAAGCACUCUCUAUGGAAAUUUCGAUUAUUUGACAAAUAACUUGUGUCAUUUCUAUAAAAUGUUCAAAGAACAUAAACUGCAACAUCAAAAGCAACAACAACGUUCACGCAUAAAACGUACGCGUUUUUAAGGUUACUACCACCUACCAUUAGUUCUAACACAAAGAUUACUAAAAAUAUCCACUUAUAUUUUAUAUUUCUUUUUGUAUCAUUAUCUAUUUUCCCCAUAUUUCUACGUAUCCAAUUAUUUAAUAUAUAUCUAUUUUUUACUUAGAACUUGUUUCAACACAAUUAUAUAUAAUAUGAAUAUUUCAUUGAUUGCUACAAACCAAACGGUAUGUAGAAUAUGACAACAGAACAGAUCAACAAUAUUUUACUAUUGUGUCGAUACUAGCAUGAUCUUUUUGUAUGUCACAUUGCUAAAGAAAAAUCCUAAAAACAAACCACUUAUUAUUUUCUUAUACAAUUUCCUUUUUUAUGCUUUAUACAUAACUACUUGUAAAUAUUUAUUCUUAAUAUUAGUAACACACAAUUAACCAACAGCAAGAAAAUCCCUGUUUUUCUAGAAGUCCUUUGUGGUGGCGGGGAUAUUAACAAAUCGCAUUUCUUUGUGUCGUCUAGAAGUUAAGGGCAAAAACGAAGCUUCUUGCUUGUUUUUUUUUUUUCGUUUUGAAUGGAUUAUUGUAAACGUAAAAACAAAAAACGUUCACAUAGAAUGGUGUAAAAGUAAAGUUAUCAAUACUCUUGUCUUCUCCUAGUCCAAUGGAGAAGAAAGAAAUAUAUGAUAUUUUUUAAAUGGUGAAUUUGAAUGAAAUGCUAUUAUACUUCUGUUGUAAUGUAUUUUCACGGAGGAUCUGUAAUUUCCUUUAAAUAUUCUUUUACCCACCAGACAAUUUAUAAAAAAAAUUAUGUGUAUUUAUAUUUUUUGAUAUUCUGGAAUAUAGGCAUGAUUAAAUUUAUUUUGAUAUUAGUGGCAUGUUUUAUAUUUUUUCCACGAAAAAUAGUAUUUCCAAAAUUAUUUAACAACCUUUAAGAACAACAAGUAGACUUUUUGUAAGUGUAUUUAAUCUUCGAGAGCAUAGCAUGUUAUAGAUUAAAUGUGAGAAACUACUGAACGUCAUAAAUCCCUAACUUGGAAACCGAAAACGCAUAGACAAUUAUAUUUUCCAUUUCUCCUGCUGGAAAAUUUCUAAUCACAGAAUUAGGUUUUUGACAAAGAAAUAACAUACGUAGGAAUUUGUGAUUAUUGAGAUAACAUAGUAGCCGAUUUCUUCCAUAGUAAUGGAAAAUUUAUUUGAUAGAAUUUUAUACUUCACAAUUAACAAAAUUAAAAAAUCAUUAAAUUAAAAGUAAAUUCCAUGAUAUCUAAAAGCCUAUAAUUCCUUUUUCCUUUGGCGAAAAAGAAAUUUUUAAAUUGGAAUUUUCCUUGAAUAUAUAAACUUUAAAAUAAUCUUCUCUGUGAUCAGCGUUCUUAUUGGGGAUUAUUAACAUCCCAUGGGAAAUUACAGAUCCUUGAAAAUAAAUUUCAUUCAAAGAAAACGGGCCAUAAUGUUAUUAAUGAUGAUCAUAAUGUCGAAAGCAAAACAAUGAUGCGUUAAUGGCAUACUUUUUCUUUAAAUAGACAAACAAAUCAUAUUAAAUAAAAAUCGUUAGAGUUUCAUGAUGGUGUUGUAUCAACGUAUUAACUAUUAAUUAAUAUUCAAUGAACUAUAAAAAAUAUAUGUAUUCUAAUUGCCACAUAUAACAAGUAAUACACACACCCACAUUAUUGGAAACCACACUUCCUUGAAGAUAAAACAACAAAAUAAAGAAAAUACAAGAGAAAAGAAAAACUAGAAUUUAGAGUACCUAAUUCAAAUAAAAAUGUAAUAUGUUGAUAAUUAUAAUGGCAUAUAAAAAAAGAACGGCUUAUGAUACAAGAAAAUAAUUUCAAGGGAAAAGAAAAAAAUACAAUAUUAAAUGCACACCCACAACACAAAUGAAUAUUUAAACGAUUUGUAAAAUGUGGUCAUACGUAAUACCACUCACACGUAUGGUUAUUUUUUAACUGAAAAGAAAACUUUCUCUAUUUUUUUUUGUUUUAAAGAACAAAAUUUGAUUGUUCAAUGCACUAAAUAAGUUAUAUUAUUUUUCUCCAUAACUAAUAGAUUUAAGUCAAAUUUUAUUAUGUUUUUUCUUCGAUAUCCCCUUUUAUAAUUAAAGGUGUUUCUUUUUUGUAAAUUAUUCACAUAAGGAAAUAUAUUAUUUAGUUUAUAAUUUCUAAUAUUAUGCCUUUUAUUCAACCUCUCUCACUUGCAACUAAUUGUAUACAAACUAUAUAUGUAUAGAAACUUAAAUCAUACUAAAACCAUACAAACAAACUAUUAUAUUAUAACGUAAUAAUAAUAAUACAAAUACACCAACAAAUCGUAGUUGUACCUUAUAAAUAUUAAAUGAAAAAAAAAACCCAAACAAAUAAUUCUUAUUUGUUUUUUUUUCUAUCUAUCUAUCCUUUUUUGUAUGCAUUGUAAACUAAGGAUUAAUAUAUGUAACAAAACACAACAAAAAUAAUUAUAAAUUUUAUAACUUUUAUUACUAUUAUGAUUAUUUUUCUACAAUGCCCUCUUUUUAGAAAAACAAAAGAAAAACACCUAAUAUUACACCCAGUUGAAAAUAACAAAUGCUUAACAUUAAUAAUAUGUUUUAGUUUUUUAUGCAAGACAAUACAAUAAUUGUAUAUUUAUAUAUAGCGUUUUAUUAUUUCCUACCUUAAAUUUAAGCCUAAACAAAACCUCAUAAAUACAAAUCAGUUGAAAUUUUAAUUAUUUGUUUCUUUUACUAUUAUAGUUGUCCUUUUUUUUUGAAAAUGCAACUCAAAUGCAUAUUCUUAUACGUACAUAAAACAAAUUAAUAAUUUGGUUUUUUGCAAUUGUAUGCAAUAAAAAGCUUUCAUUAACUUUUAAUGUUAAUUAUCACUAAAACACAAAUCAAUAAAAUAACUUAGUUUUUAGUGGAACUUAUAUAUAUUAUCAAAUGAUUUAUUAAUUCUUAUUAUAUUUUACAUUUUAAUUAAUAAUUCUAAAAAUAUUAUUAUUAUUAUUAUUAUUUUUUUUUUUUUGAUUUAAUGCUUAUACUUUGCUUAAGACAAUUGAAUUUAUUUCUUUUGUUCAAAACGUAAAGGAUUCAAAUUUUGAAUCAUUUGAAAUGGAUUGCACCUGGUAACGAUUUGGUACUAUUGUUCUUGUCAUUAGAAAGCCAAAAAUAACCAUCGCAAAAUUAUGCAGUGAGCUAGGUGUAUACUUGUGUGAAAGUACAAAUGUUCACAAUAGCUGAGCCAUCGAUUUUUAAUCUGUGCACAAAUAAAACAAACUUCCAUGUAGUUCAAUACUUACAUAGCGGACAUGUAUUUUACAUUGAUACUAAGCGAUGGGAUUGUUAUAUUUGAAUUAUAAUUUUUACUUGCUUUUCUCAAAAGAGUAUUUUUGAAAACGGAGUAAUGUUAAAAAAAUGUACACUUACCAAUUAAAAGUAAAUUAAUUUAUGCGAUUUGGAUUUGUAAUGCAAUGUUUCGUUUAUCUUUUACUGGUAAUAGCAAUAUUCACAUUUAAAUAGCAAAAGAAGGCGAUAUGAAUCUUAUGUUUAAACAAGUUAUUAGUUUGUUAUUUACUUUUUUAAAUAAAAUCCAAAAAAAUCCGACUGUAAGAUCAAAAUUAUUUAAUAGUUCCAAUGGUAUCGUAAAACAAUACGCCUCUUUUAUACGAUCUACAUGACUAUGAUAUUUGAGACAUUAGUGUUGUCGAUGCUCUCUUCACUGCAUAGUUUUACAAAUCCGAUGUUUAUGUAUUUUUAAAUUUUCAAAUCUGAAGUACGGGAAAUGUGGUUUGCCACAAUAUUUUUUACCCAUUUCUUAAUAUUUAUGAGAAAACGGGUAAAAAACUUUAUCUUUAUCUUUCGUUUCGUGUUGUUUAAAGCUUUGUAUGUUUUUGGUCCCACAUAAGAGGAAAAGUGAAAGUAUAAACUAUUUUGUUACUUUUGGCCUUUUAAUCUAUUAUAAAUAAUAAAUUUGAUGAUAUAAAAUAAUUUUCUCCCAUACUUUUGAUUUGAAAUAUUGUUUCUAGUGACAUAGAUUGCGAAUAAUGCUUAAUAGCCAAUAUCAAUAUCAGUGACAAAAUACAAUAUAUGAUUUUUGAAGUCAAUUCAUAAUGACAAAUUUUUUUUGAGCUUCUUUUUUUCCAUGUGAAAUCCAUUGCAAGAUCUUUAGGUAUUUUGAAACGGAUUAUUAUUAUGUAUUAAAUUUAUAUUUUCAUAACAAUAAAAUUUAAUGAAUGGUUUCUCUUUAUCACUUUUUGCAAAAGAAUUUUUGUGUUAUUUUUUUUUUUCAAAAAUAUUUAUAUAUAUUUGUAUACUUUUCCCCAUUAGGGGGAUUAUCUCACUUACAAGAGACAACAAUAACAAAUAUUUGGUUAUGGAAAACGGCGAUAUACAUAUAAAAUAAACAAACAAAAUAAUUAAAUAAUACUUAGCUUAUAAUUAUUGUGAUGUAGUUUGUAAUUAAAUUAAUAUAUUAAUAUAAACAAAGCAAAUAUAAAAAACAAACAAAUAUUAGGUGAAAAAGAACAAUAUUAUUGAUUAUAUUAACAUAAUUAUUACAACAAAAUAUAUAUUAUUUCAAUGUUUUUACUAAAUGUACUACAAAACAAAAUAAAGAUCUUUCUAAACAAAACAAUAAUGAAAAAGAAUAUACUAUGUUUUUAUUAUUAAAAUACAUUACAACAUGCUAAGAACAAAACUUUUUAAAGCAGUUAACUGGGAAAUACAAAAUUAAAAAUAUUAAAAAAACAACAACAACUAAGUUUAAGAAAAGAAAACAAAAAUACAUUUUUUACAACAACAUUAAAACAAGAACUAAGCAACAAUACAAACAACAAAACAUUAUGUGUGUAUUUUUUUAAACAAGGUAAAAUACAAAAAAUUAAAAAUAUAUAUAUUUGAAAAAAUAAAAUUACCACAAAAUAUUUCGCAAUUUUAGAAAAAAAGAAGAAAUAAACUUGAUUAAGUUAAUUUGUAUAAGCCAAAAACAAAUAUAUAUUUUAAAUAUGUUAGGCAAUAACAAACAGAUGCGUAUAUGAGGGUAAUAUGUAAUAGAACAAAAUUAAAGCUAAAACAACAAAAUACAAAACUAUAAUAAAAAAUAUAUACAUUUACAAAACAAAAAUACACAGAAAUUAUUAUAUAUAUAAAAAAAUAUCUCUUAAUAAUAAAACCAAACUAUAAACAUUAAAGUGUUGUGAAAUAUAAGAACUUUUUCUUAAAUAUUUUUUUCCUUUAUUACUUUCUUUUCUUCGUGAAUAAAUGUUUAUGAAACAUGCAAUGCAUUAUAAUAUAUUAUAUUUAUAUAUAUAAAAUACAUGUAUGUAUCUAUCUAGAGGAUAAAGGUAGCAAUUUGCACAUUAAACAAACACACAUAAAAAAGGACAUAUUUGUGAAGAGAGUUCAUACAUUCGUAUCAUUUUCCUUAACAUAUUUGCGAAUAUGUGUUUGUUUCCCAUUUUUUUUUCUAUAGAUUCACUUCCAAAACGUCAAGGGGCUUUGUAUACAAACUUAGUAUUGUGGUCCAAAAUUUAUGCAAAGUAUUCAAUUUCGAAAUGCCUUCGUUGGGUAUUUUUAAUGCAGUAUAUCCAACAAGCCGAGUCGAUGCUUUGUCUGAGAUACUGCAUAAAUUUACGAUUCAUAUACUAAAGCAAUAUCUGAACAAGGACUUUGUCGUAAUGCGUUUUGGAAGUAAGCCAUAAUGUGAUGCAAAAAGAAUCGAUGCGGUUUGAUGUGGAAUAAUGUUGUAAAAUAAACAUUUGUUUAAGUGGAGUAUAAAUGAUGAUCCAACGCAACAUCAUCAUAUUUUUAAACUUAAAUAUAUGUUGCGCAAACAUUCGAAAAAUGUGGAGUAUUAAAUGGCUAAUGCAUUGAACGGGUAAGUAUUAAGGUGCAAGUACAUAAAAAGCUUGAAGUCAUGGCUAGGCUUAUUAAUGUCAAAUUAUAAUGGCAAUCGACAGCAGAAUUUUAGUGCGGCUCUGUAAUCCCUUUAUAAAAAGUCACAAAAUAUGCCUAGCCAUGACUUCAAGCUUUUUAUGUACUUGCACCUUAAUACUUACCCGUUCAAUGCAUUAACCAUUUAAUACUCCAUAUUUUUCGAAUGUUUGCGCAACAUAUAUUUUAUAGCAUCUGAAGAAUGUGUUGCGAAAAGGCCCUUACCACAGAUCGCAUCGAUACGAUGAACAUCAAAUUAUUGGGAGACAUUAAAUAGCUUUUUUUUGGAAUUGGUGGUUUUCAUUGGUCUUUGGUGUAGCAAUAUCCAAAAUGGUGUUAAGCAUACUUCUAAGUAUAAUCUAAUUUCAUUAUGGUUUCCUACACCGCAGAUGGGAGGCCAGUUUUUAAAUAUUAUUCUAAUUGUGUAUUUAUUCGCUUAUGAUCAUAAAAUUUAUAGAUUCUUUAUUUUGAAAUUAUUCUAAAAUUAUUAAUGUGUAUGAUAGGGCAUUCAACAUGGCAUGGAUAUAGACGUUUUCCCACAAACUUUAAUCCAUACCUAGUUAAGUUCCCACUUAGUCGUAGUGUUGGCUCCCUACUUAAAGAUAGAAAUGAUUCACCAUUUCCAAUAAACCAAUGCUAAAUUCUAAUUAAAAAUUAAUUCUAACUUAAUCAAGUUGCUAGUGUUGCUCAUUGGAGUCAGAGCUUUUUCCUAGUUGAAAAAACCAAUAACUUGUCUGAAAUUAGCCAGUGUUAAAGUCCUCCUCUCCUCUAAACCUCUAAACUUUUCUGACAAUGAUUAUAUGAGAUCUGGUAAAUGAAGAAUCGUUUUUGGUUGGACUAAAAUUUCAUCCAGCUUCAACCCCGCAUUAGCAGAACAAAACAAAUGCAUGCACACUCAUGAACACUAAAUAAAUAAAAAAUUACUAACACACACAAAGCUGUGUAUACGUAUUCACAAUUUAAGACAGUUUCAUUAGUCUCGUGUGUUUUGGAAAGAAAAAUUUAGUUUGGACUAAAAAUUACUCUCGUGUGAAUUGGGCCAUUGACAUUCUUUGUAUAUAUUUGUUGAAGGCUUUGCAUUGUCUACGGAGAAGAUCAUAGCAUGGCUUUGAAAUGAUUUUUAUUUCCCAAUUUUUUUUAAAUAUUUUCCAAAUGGAAAUUUAAAAAUGUAAGUGAGCUAGGUAAGGUUAGGUUAAAGGACGCGCGGUUGCCGUUUGAUAACCGCUCCACUCGGAGACCUACUCGUCCAUUGUGUUCAUCCUAGAAAAAAUAGUAAAAUAAAGGAAAGGGUGAUGGAAGAGAGUAAAGAUAGAAGAUAGAAUUAUAGAGUGUGAUCUACGGCUAAAAAAGUUGCCGUGUCGUCUUUAGCCACUUGAGUCUUCUGGCUAACUGAAGAAUUACUGUAGCGUCAGUGUUAAAAAAAUAAGACUGAGCAUGUGACACUAGUUCGCCAACCAACCUGUGUCUCACGGUAAUGAGUGCUGACAGAGCAAGUGUUCGGCUGUCUCAAUUUCUUCUUCAUCUUAACAGAUCCUACAGUAAUCAAUGUCAUCGCUAUCCCAUUUCGAGGUCAUUGCCCUUACCUUACAGUGACCUGUGAUGAUACCCACCACAAGUUUUAAAUCAGGUUUCACCAAUAUGUUGAAAGCCCUAUCCUAUUAAUAGUUUCGUAUUGUCCUCUCUAUUUUCUGUAAGAAAUUAAUUCAACAGAUAUUAUAUGAAAAUAACCACCUUUUAGUU